AUGAAGGACGGCAUGCGCCGCCUCCACUCCCACCUCGCCCUCCUCAACUCCCCUCAGUCUGAUAGCCCUGGGGGAAGAGGUGGGGUAGCUGGGCCUGGGGCGGGUAGGCUGGCGCAGCAGCAUCAGCAGCAGCUGCUGCAACUGAUGCUUGCACGGGGGAGGGUAGGAGGAGGGGGAGGAGGGGAGAGGGGAGAGGGAGGAGCAGGAGGAGGGCGGGGGGGGGUGCAGGGGAGUGGAUGGCAGGAUCUGUCUUGUGAUUCGUCAGAAGCUGCAGUUGUUAGGAAUGAGGUCCAGAGUGGUGCAGAUGGUGCUGGUUACGGUGGUGGUGGUGCUGCUGCAGCUGAGUUUGCCACUACCACCACCACCACUGCUCGUGCCACAUACCACCUCCCCCAGUCAACCCCCUCACGCGCAGCAGGUCAACCCCCUCCCACUGCCCUUCUCCCUCCCCCUGCACUCUCCUCUCCUCACCCCAUACCAUCCAGUACCUUAUCCACUCCGUCGCCCUCCCCCACCUAUUACCUUCCUCCGCUCUACCCCCCUCCUUCCACCGCCUCCUCACCAGCUGUACCUCCCCCAGCUGGCCCCUCCCCCGUGGGUCCUGUGCUGUCUGACAGUACAGAAUCCCCCAUGCUCCCCCCUGCUUGUACUGGUCCUUCUUAUAACGCGGUUAUGGAGAGGGCUAGGGCUGCUGCUGGGAAGGGAUUGGUUGGCGCCGCUAGCAGCCGAUGGAAGCGGGCGGCAGGGGGCCUGGUUGGGCGGCGGAGCGGACGGCUGAUUCCGGCUGGUAUGCAGCAGAUGAUCGGCCAGGGGGUGGCUCAGGUGCAAUCCAUGGUGAUUGCGGGGUUAGAGGAUCUGCUAGAUUUGGAUUCGGAAGGAGCGGAGAUUGGUGGAGCGGGGUUGAGUGCGGUGAGAAGUGAUGGAGGUGGUGGCGGGGCAAGCAGGCUCGGGUUGAGCAUGGUGGAGAGCGGUGGGAUGGGAGUCACAGGUGUGGGGAGUGAAGGGUUGAGCAGCUCUGGUGGUGGUCUUUAUGAGGGUAGCCUGGGUAGGCUAGACGGGGGGAGUGUUGGCGUUUCAAGUGUGGGUGUUGUUUCGAAUGCCAGGCCGCGCAGCAGUAGCUGCAAUUGGCCCGAUCCCUCUUCUAGUGAGGGGACUCAAACUCCGGUGGGUGAUUCUGACUCACAAUCUCAGCGGCUGGAAGGUGAGAGUGCGUGGGUCGUUGCGAGUGCCAGGCCGCGCAGCAGUAGCUGCAAUUGGCCCGAUCCCUCUUCUAGUGAGGGGAAGGAGGGAGGGCUAGACUGUUUGAGUGCAGCACAGAGCUCUGAUAUCCUCCUUAUAAGCAGUGAGGUGGAUGUGUCAGCAGUGGCUGAUGCGCUACCAGCUGUGCUAGAAGAAGGACCAGACACUUCGAGUGCAGUGCAGAGCCCUGAUAUCUUCCCAGAAACACGCCCUGUCAGCAGUGAGGUGGAUGUGUCAGCUGUUGCCGAUGCGCUGCCAGCUGUGCUAGAAGAAGGAUCGGGCCAAUCAGACGCCAGUGCUGUUCGGAGGGACGUUUUGGGGAAGGAGAUUGUAGAGGAGGGGGCGGUGACGGGUGAUGGCGGUGUGGGAGCAUCAGGGUUUGCAGGAGAGCGAAUGGGAGCAGGAGAGCGAGUGGAAAAGAGGGGGUUGAGUGCUUCUGAGGCUGCUGCUUCCAUAGCAGCAGGAGGAGGGUUUCAGCCAGCAGCAGCACCGUCUGCUUUUGAGAAUUCUGAAAAGCCGUUGAGUGCACCAGAGGCUGCUGCUGCUGCCAUAGCAGCAGGAGGAGGCUUCCUGGAAGCUGCAGAAGCAGCUGCAGCUGCUGUGUUGAGUCGGCACGGGUCGAGCGUAACAGCAGGAGAGGGGAAGGGGCCAAGGGGGAGGGAUUGGGGGAGCGGAUUUGGAGGAGGGGGAGUUGCAAUGGGGGAAGCGAUGGGUCAAGGCAUGGGAGGAGAACGGACAGGAGAAUGGAUGGUCGAAAGGACAGGUGUAACAGCUGCAGCAGCAGAAGGACCAGCGGUUGGUAACAAUGUAACCACCACCUCCCUUCCCUUCUCCUCCUCCUCCGCCCCCACCACCACUCCCAUUGCCGCCACCUUUCCUCCUCCCUCUCCCUCCUCCCCCUCCCGCCCCCGGGCCUUCUCCCGGCUGCGAUGGCUCCUCCACGCCAACAGCGAUGUGGUAACCGGCGCGUUCAUGGUAACCGCGUUCUGCUGGAACCUCUCUCUCUCCACCCUCGUGUUCCCGCUCGCGCUCUUCCUGUACGCGCUCGUGUCGAACCCGUCUCCCGGGCCAAGGUUCUGGAGGGGACUGCUGGUUUAUUCUGAGGUGCUGAUCGCAUUGGAGUAUUUGUAUCAGAUCCCAACGCAUGAUGGGUGUACGAGCUGGGCCGGGGGGAAUGGGGCGGGAGGGAGCGGGAAAAAGGGAGGGGGCGGCGGAGGGGGUGGUGGAGCAGCAGGAGGAGGAGGAGGGGGAGGGGGAGGGUUUGCUGGGUGGAUAGGGGCUGGGUUCGGUAUGGAGGGGUGGGAUCGGUUGUUUGCUCUGUUGGGCGUCCGGCCCUACCCGAGCUGGUUCGUGUGGAACGUACUUCCUCUCUUUGCGGUCUACCUCGCUCUGCUUGUUCAGACCGCCAUCUGCCAGCGAAACAGCCAGUCUAGGAGUGCUAAGGAGUCUAUGGUUUCUGCGGAGGCUAGAAGCUCUGUGAGGCUUGCCAGACCAGAGGAGGAGGAAGAGGAUGAUGUCAGGUUCGGAAGUGACCGAGGCUCAGAUGGUGGCUCGGGCCGAGCUGAACAGGGAGAGGUUGGUGGUUUCUGGGGUUGGUUGAAGGGAGCUGCGAGGGUGGUUGGUCGGCUGGUUGGGGUCAGCCAGGCUGUUCACGUGCACGCUUGCGUGGACUGCGAUGCUGACGUGGACGAUGCUGACAGGGAUCAUGAUGCUGACGUGGAGGCAGCUUCGCCUCUGCUGGGACACAGCACGCGUGCAUCCACGUUCCCGCAGUCAUCCUUCCAAACAGCCUCCCACUCGCCUCGUCAAGCCCAUGCACCAGCCUUCGCUCUCACAUCUCGCAACGGCCACGCAGCAGAGGGCAGCAGCUCGAGACACAAAUACCGCAGCAGCAGCAGCAGCAGGAGCAGGAGCAGCAGGAGCAGCGGAAGCAGCUGCAGCAGCAGCAGUAGGAGCAGUGGGAGCAGCAGCAGCAGCAAUAGGAGUAGUAGCAGCGGGGAAGGAACGUCUACUCCACCGUUUUCGUUUCAGUGGGUGUGGGGGGGACUGUCGUUUAGAUGCGUAGGAGUAUGGAGGAGUUUAAUUAGGUUCUUAAGAGCUGCUAUGGAGGGGUCUGAAGCGCCUCCCUACUUUGUGCAGGUUGUGCUUCGCAGCCCGGACGGGUGGACGGCCAAUCAGAUGCUUCCAGGUGUCAUCGAGGGAGCGUUCAACUUUUUGCUAGCGCAUGCUGAUGGCGUGGCAGCACCUGCUGAUGUGGCAGUGCCUGCUGACGUGGCAUUGCCUGCUGAUGUGGCAGGAGCUACACAGAGAAGAGGAGGCCACGGUGGAGGUGGUUCAAGAAAGCAUGUGCGUUUCGAGGAGGACGAAGCAGCAGUGACUGAAACGCAGCAGCACCACCAGCAGCAUUAUCAGCAGCAGCAGCAGCAGCAACAGCCGCAUUAUCAGCAGCAGCAGCAGCAGCAGCAGCAGCAGCAGCAGCAGCAGCAGCAGCAGCAGCAGCAGCAGCAGCAGCAGCAGCAGCAGCAGCAGCAGCAGCAGCAGCAGCAGCAGCAGCAGCAGCAGCAGCAGCAGCAGCAGCAGCAGCAGCAGCAGCAGCAGCAGCAGCAGCAGCAGCAGCAGCAGCAGCAGCAGCAGCAGCAGCAGCAGCAGCAGCAGCAGCAGCAGCAGCAGCAGCAGCAGCAGCAGCAGCAGCAGCAGCAGCAGCAGCAGCAGCAGCAGCAGCAGCAGCAGCAGCAGCAGCAGCAGCAGCAGCAGCAGCAGCAGCAGCAGCAGCAGCAGCAGCAGCAGCAGCAGCAGCAGCAGCAGCAGCAGCAGCAGCAGCAGCAGCAGCAGCAGCAGCAGCAGCAGCAGCAGCAGCAGCAGCAGCAGCAGCAGCAGCAGCAGCAGCAGCAGCAGCAGCAGCAGCAGCAGCAGCAGCAGCAGCAGCAGCAGCAGCAGCAGCAGCAGCAGCAGCAGCAGCAGCAGCAGCAGCAGCAGCAGCAGCAGCAGCAGCAGCAGCAGCAGCAGCAGCAGCAGCAGCAGCAGCAGCAGCAGCAGCAGCAGCAGCAGCAGCAGCAGCAGCAGCAGCAGCAGCAGCAGCAGCAGCAGCAGCAGCAGCAGCAGCAGCAGCAGCAGCAGCAGCAGCAGCAGCAGCAGCAGCAGCAGCAGCAGCAGCAGCAGCAGCAGCAGCAGCAGCAGCAGCAGCAGCAGCAGCAGCAGCAGCAGCAGCAGCAGCAGCAGCAGCAGCAGCAGCAGCAGCAGCAGCAGCAGCAGCAGCAGCAGCAGCAGCAGCAGCAGCAGCAGCAGCAGCAGCAGCAGCAGCAGCAGCAGCAGCCGCAUUAUCAGCAUGAGACUCAACAGUGGUCUCAGCAUGAGCAGCUGCAAGAGCAGCAUGCACUGGUGUUGCAUUCAUGCGACUAUCCCCUGUGCGUGCGAGUGCACAGCAUGCAAUGCGCUGGCUCUCUCAACACUUCCUCACUCAACAGCACCGCACUCAACACCUCCGCUUCUGCGGCAGCCAACGCACAUGCUGCUUCUUCUGCUGGUGGUGCGCCUGAAAGUGAACCCCACCCUUCCUCCUCUCCUCACGCUCCUCCUCAGUCUCCUACUCACUCGCAUCCCCACUCGCAACUCCCUGUUACUGACACUCUAGUAGUGGUCCUUGAGGUAGUUACCACCAGCAACACUGCCACCACCAGUUCCCCUGCUUCUGUCUCUGCCUCCCCUCCUGCCGGAUCGGGCUCCCCCUCUGCCUCCUCGACAACCCAGCACGUCUCCUCUCAGCCGCACAUGUGGAAUGACACGUGGCAGUCCCUCACGCCAUCCGCUGACGUGGCAAAGAGGCUCGGGAGGUUCAUGAGCGGGGGAAGGCCGGGGAGUGGGGGAGAGGGAGGGGAGGAAGGAGGAGGGGAGGGCAGGGGGGAGGUGGUGAGAGGAGUGGGUGGUGUGGGUGGGCGAGGGAGUAAUUUUACAGCUGCUGCUGCUAGUGGCAUCCUGGGAAGGGUGUUUGGGUCGCGCCGUGUGCAACUCGCCUCAGUUGUUGCAGGAGGCAGAAGGGAGAUAGACCUAUACCCCUACAUCUUCUGUAUCGACAUACUCGCUUUCUUCUAUGUCGGGCUCUUCUACCAGUCGGCCGUGCGAGACAGGUCGCCCUUUGAGGAGGUCAUUCACACGGGGGACCAGUUCCCCUCCACCUACGUUGCGGUUCUCAUGACGCAGUUCUUCCUCAUAGUCACCAACCGCAUCCUCUAUCUGGUCUUCUCCGCCCCGCUGCGCAUCCUCUACCACCUCACCUCACUCCUCCUGCACCUCGGCUACCCCAUGCGCCUCUUCUGGAACGCCAACCUCAUCGCCUCCCACAACACCAUCCGGGCUUACCUCGCCAUCAAGUCCAUCUCCCUCGCGCUCUCUGCGCUGCAGCUGAAGCACGGUCCGCCAGGGCCGGCGAGCAAGGCGACGCCGUUUCUGACAAGGAGGGCCACGUGGCUGAGGUGGCAGCUGUUCCGGGUUUACCGCAUGCUGCCGUUUCUCUACGAGCUGCAUCUGAUUCUCGACUGGUGGUGCACCAAAACAACUCUGCCUCUCUAUGAUUGGCUCAAGCUAGAGGACAUCUACGCCAGUCUCUACCUCGUCACCUGCGAUCGCAAGAUAGCGCGUGCCGGGCACAAGCCGGGGCAGCCGCAGGGGUGGGGGGUGAAGCUCAUGGGAGGGGCCUUCUUCUUCCUCGCUUUAGUCACAGUCAUCUGGGCGCCAAUGCUGAUCUACAGCAGCGGCAACCCCGCCAACUACCCCAAUCUGGUGACAGACGUGCGAGUCAACCUGGUCCUGCAGACCUGCUCCGGCUCCUUCCCCAUCUUUGAGGGCGGGCAAGAGCGCCUGCUGCUGGACCCGCUUCUCAACCCAGGGCCCGCAACCCCCUUCCAGCUCACGGGUGUGGAUUCACAGCAGCUGCAGGAGAUGCGUUUCCUGGAAGGUUCCUUUACGGAUGUUGCAGAGGAAGGUUCCUUUGCUGGCCGUGAGAAGGAAGGUUUGGAGGAUGCUAAGGAAGGUUCGCGGGAAGUUGCUAGGGAUGCAGUGGAAGGUUCCUGGAACCAGGGUUCCUACAGGGAUGAAAGUCGUCGGACACUCACUGAAACUGAAUACUCUGGUAGCGGACCGCCUUAUACUGGUAGCGGAACUUCUUAUACCCCACAGCCUGGGCCUGUGCUUGUACCCUUUACAAUCAUGCCAGGUGCAUUGGACCACGGUUUGGCCGCUGACAGCAAUUCUGAUGUUCAGUUACCACCAGCAACCACACAGUCUCCCCCUCUUUCCCCCGCCUCUCCGCCCCUCCCUCCGCCCUCUCCUCCCCUCGCUCCUCCCUCUCCCCCACCCCCACCUCGAAUCCCCUCCUGGAACGUCUCAGACGAUCCUGUACUGAAUUCCACGGGGUAUUUACCCGUCGAUAUGCGCCUGGUGUGCGUUUACCCCGACUCCCUCUCCCUCUUUCAGCUGACACCCCCUGCUGAGAGCCGCCUUAGAGAAGCACUUAGAAGAUCGGCCACAGGAGGGGGAGGCGGCAGAAGCACGAGGCGAAGGGUAGGCGGAAAGUAUAGACUGAGUGGAGGGAGUAUAAGAGAUCUGUCAGGAGCAUCACACCUAGCAGUAUCCUUCCCGUAUCACCCAAUUCAACCCUCACUCUCUUCCAUCCAACCAGCCUCCUCCCGUCGCUCCCUCCAAGCCUCAUCCCGAGCUUCCUCCCAAGCCUUCUCCCGAGCCUCUCUCUCUGGUCUGCCGGACCCAUGUGCGCCGAGCCUGAUCGUCCAAUGGUGGUUCACGCGCCCCCGCCCCAUCCGAAGGGAAGUGGCAUCAUGGGAGGAGGUCUAUUCCGGCCUGCCCCCCGCGCUGCUGGCUGAUGGGUUGCUGGGGAUACUGGAGGGGAGGAAGGGACCUGCUGCUGGUGGUGGAGGAGCUAUGGGGUUGCUACUUCCGGAGUUAUAUCCGGUCUACUGGAAGCUUCCUGGGUUCGGCAAGGCGAGAGAGCUGGAAGCUUCCAAG